UGCACUGGAGAGAACUAUUUACCAGAGACAGAGAUGAAUUUGGUGUCAGUCUUCUCAUCUCAUAUUAGGCAAAGUGACUGACAGGCUGCACACUCUUGAGAUGUCAGAGAAAUCCUGUAACGUUGCAUAACCCUGAGAGCGGUGCAGGCUGGCCAUGGUCAGUAGCUGUGUUGUGGGAGGAUCUGCUCAGGUGACACUGGCCUUUUAAAACAGGAAACAGAAGAGAACGAGUGGUGAGAGACCAGACUUCAACAGCACAGACCAUGGCCUUCAAUCACUCCUUCCUCCUGUUGGCCCUGUGCAGCCUGGUUGUGGUCCAAGCCCAGUUGAGGCUGUUUAACCUGCGGGCUACUGGCCUUCCAGCCGACCUGCUGGGGAUUACGGACGGCUACGUGAAGGUGUUCUGUGGUUCAGGUGUACUGGGAGAGACAUCUGUCCGCCAUAACAACGCUAACCCUUGGUGGGAGGAGGAGUUUGUCCACUUCAAGGCCCAGCAGAAUGAUGUGCUGCGGCUUGAGGUUUUCGACAGCGACCCUAUAUUUGAUGACCUGCUGGGAAUUUGCCAGCGACAGAUCAAGGUGGGAACCCACGAGCAUGACUGCUUCCUGGAGAAAGGUGGCACUCUCCAUUACGCCUACACCCUCGACGAUGACAGCCAAUAGGCAAUAGACUGUACAUCCUAAUCCUUGGUGAUAUGGUUUCUAAGCAACUAGUUGUUAGAGUUUAGCCAGCAGUACCUUAUCUCAGUCCUGCAGUUCAUCAUGUCGGAUUUUGACUUGAGAAAUGGUCACACACCACCGACUAAACUGAAGACAAUAUGUUGUUUUAUUUGAAUAACCCAAAGAAUAUUCUUCCAGUUUCUUAAUCACACAUUUUCAUUGACCCUGUCACACUGGUUGUCAUGAGGAAAUAAAAUUUGCUGCAACAAA